GUCAGUCAGAAAAAAAUUGACAACCCUGAUUUCCACCAAAUCGCCGAAGUGAAGAAAGAAUUCUUUUUUGUAAACUAAUCGAAAUCCAAUUUUUCCAAACACAGUCGAACGAAGUUUUCCCCCCAACACAAAAACUGAUUUCACUAAUUUUUCCAAACAAAUUAAAUUAGUGCUCGAGAGGAUUUAUUUACAUUCCAAUUAAGAUGAUGGACGAAAAAGAUAUUGAAGAUCUUCAAAGUUCGGAUGUUGACAAAAUUAAAACAAUUCUUGGCACAUUCAAUACAAAAUAUGCAACAUUAUUCGAUUUCACCGAAUUCAACAUCUCUGGCCAAUGGACAACCAUUUGGAAUGCAUUCUUUGCCAAUCUACGCGAUUCAUCGAAAACCGCUCUUUACCCUCAAUUGCUUAAUAGUGUUCGCAUCCUAACACGCGACGAACAAUGCAUUAAAGUCAAUAACAUCCUCCCUGACUUUAAUUGCCUUCUCGAUUUAGCCGACUUGGGACCAGAAAAACUCACUAAUCCAUGCACACACACAACAGAAACAAGCAUUGAAGCUUUGAAAUGCUUGUGUAAUAUAGUUUUCCUAAGUUCCGAUUGUCGUAAAGUAUGCAUUAAGAAUUCCGCAACAGAGCGAAUCUUAAAACGUGUCAGUAGUCCAAAUAGUCAUCCAUUUGAGAUUGAAUUUUAUGAUAUGAAAUUGUUAUUCCUUAUAACUGCCUUGGAACCGAUAACACGCACUAAAGUACAAAUCGAUUUGAAUGGUAUUUUCUUCCUAACCGAAUGGCUCGAUAUGAAAUUGUCAUUGGAAGAGAAAUCCGAACAACAAAUCGAUUUGAUUUGUGAAAUACUCAAGGUUAUGUUUAAUGUAACCUCGAAUCCGGAUCGAAGUCCGAAUGAGAAUGAAAUACAAAAUAGACGAUUGACGGCAGUCAUUCGGGGGCUAUUGUAUGAGUUUGGUAGUUUGGAAACUGAAAAACAUCGAAAUGUUGUAUCGAAUUGUGUUAAUUUACUUACAAACAUUUGUACUAGUUGUUUGGUUGAACUUAUAACUAGGCCAGGAGUUGGGGAAGCUCCAGAGAAUGUAUAUGAAGGGAAGUGCAUUCGUUCGUUGGAGAUUCUGUUGCGCUUUCUUAAAUCAAUGCUGGAUGAUAAGGAAGGUAAUCCGAUAGCUAAUGAUUGCCUUGCACCAGUUCUUACUGUGCUGAUUAAUUGUGCACGAUGUUGCCCGGUUAUGAGGCAUUAUAUUCGUCAGGUAGUUCUUCCUCCACUCAAAGAUGUCUCCCAUCGACCAGAGGUCGGUGAUGAGUUGCGUAAUCAUCUUUGUCGGUUUCUAACAAUUCCCGAGAUGAUUAUAAGGGAUUUAUCAGCUGAAUUGCUUUUUGUUUGUUGCAAGGAAAAUGUAACUCGAAUGAUUAAAUACACUGGGUAUGGUAAUGCUGCCGGACUCUUUGCUAAUCGAGGUGUUUUAGAUUGUAGACGAAUUGAAAACACAGAAUAUUCAUCAGACAGCGAAGAUAGUGACACUGAGGAGUAUAAAGAAAUGCAACAUGGUAUUAAUCCGGUAUUAGGAUGCUUUGAGAAACCAAAACCUAGUCCGUUGGCUGGUAUGAGUGAGGAGCAAAAAGAAUACGAAGCUAUGCAAUUGGUUAAUUUAAUGGAUAAAUUACAUCGCAGUGGAGUUGUACAGCCAUGUCGUGUGGGUGAAGACGGGAAGCCACAUCCAGUCGAUCAUAUUUUGCAAUUACAAGAGGAACUUCCACAACAGCAAUUCGAUCAAAAACGAAAAACUUAAAGGAUUUCAAAAGAAAUACAUAGGUGUUUAGAAGUUAUUUAUAAUUAAAUUAUGUAAUUGAUUAUGUAGGUAAAUUGUAGAGAUAUAUUGUAUAUUUCUAUUUUAGUAAUUAAUUCUGUUGGAUAGAGUAUUUAUAGAAUUUGGUUGGGAUAUAGUUUAGCAUUGGAAAUGAUGGGGCUAAUAUAAGAACAAAAAAUACUACUUAUUAAUUUUUUGUGCGACAAUAUUUUUUUAAAAUGCGGUGCAAAGAGUGAACACUAUAAGAAGUUUUUCUUUUUCAAUGUUGCCCAAUGUUUAAUCAGUUAAUUCCCAUUGUUUUAUAGCUCUUCCAUAAAAGAAAGAAAAACAACGUUUAAGAUAAGUUUAAAUUUAUUGAAUUUUUCUGUACACUUCUUAAGUAAGUUUUGUAACCAGAGAUCAGAAAUAACAGUCAACCUUUAUUUUGAACUGGUUUCUCUCUGAGAGUUACCAUAUUACUUUAAAUACGUUUCGGUUAAAGUUUGAGAUUUAUUUUAAAAAAUCAUAAAUAAAGGUUAUCAGUUGAGAUUUAUUUUUUUUUAAAUAUCUCUCAAUAGUUGAGAUUUUUACAAAAAAAAAAAAAAUAAAUGGAAAAGGUCAACCUUUAACCGUUUUCGCAGAAAAGGUCAACCUUAAACCGUUUUCGCAGAAAAUAAAUCAAAAAUGGUUAAUUCAAAGGAAAAAAUCGAAUAUGUCAAAAAUCUUUAUUUUGCAAAAAUAAAAUAUGAAAAGGAUGUUUUUCUUAAUACAUGUAUUAAGUUCAACUUAUAAUACACUCUAAAAGUUCUUUGACCCAAGAUUAUAUAUCUUUUCGCUUAAAAUAAAAUGUAAUGAUGAAAAAUGUCCUUUCCACUGUGAUUUGGGUCGUAGGGACGACAAGCAAAACCAAUGCAAUUUCGAAUAUUUCAGGAGACCGAUGUUCUUAUUCUUAAAUUUGCAGAUGAGAUUUAUUUUUUUCUCUCAGCGAUAAAUAUCACUGGUUGACCGAAACAUAAAAAAUACAAAAUAAAGGUUUCUUUCAGACCUUGACCGAGAGUUUUAUUUUUUUAAAAGGUUUUUUUAUGACCAUUAUUGAAAAUGGCAACAAAUAAUAUUAAAGAACCUUUCAAAAGGUUGAGAUUUAUUAGGUGUAAAAGUUUUUCCAUAAUCCACACCACAUUUUUGUAGAAAAAUUUUACAACUAGACACGCUUUAUACUUCAAGGGUUUAGCAUCUUCAUUGGAUUUAAUUUAAAACACCAAUUUCGACUUCAAAGGUUUAACACCGACAGGUUUCUUCGUCUAGUCUUUCUCAGAAGGAUAAUUCAUGAUUGUAAUGUUUUACUAAUUUACCAUCCAAAAAUUUCGCUAACACUUCUCGAAAAUCACAAAUUUAUUUUAAACCCAAAAUGUAGUUACUGAAUUUUUGCAAUUUAACGACACCUACACCUACUUAAUAACUUUGCGGUUCUUUGGUAACAAUUUUGAAACCAAGGCCUCUUUAUACUAGCUAAGCUGGUACCGUAAAUUUGUUUGUUCAGUCCCAUUGAUCCGAUGUAAGAUUCCACCAAGUUAUGCAGAUUAGAAUCAUCAACCAAUAAUACUUAAGUUUUAAAUUUAUUUAUACACAAAUAAAAUAUAUAUUUAUUAUAAAAACAUAAAACAAAAAUACUGCAAAAACCAAAAAAAGUGUUCCUUUCUUGGUACUUACAAUUUCUUUUGCUUAUAGUUCAAUAAAAGAAAAAAUAAAAAGUAUUCGAAGAUUAAUUUGUAGAACUUAUAUGAAUAUGAAUAAUUUUAAAACAAAAGAAUAUAAUAGAAAAGUUAAAGAAGUUAUUAAAAAUAGAAAACUAGAAAACCAAGACCUAAAAUAUUUUCUAGCUUCGAAUUUAUUUUUGUUUUAUCGAACUAUAAACUAGACUUACCAAUUAAUAAAUAAAAAAAAAAAAAAAACAAAAAAAAACGUUACGAUUGCUUAAGUUUAUAGCAACUCCUAUUAGGAAUAUAAUGAAUGAAUGAUAUACUAUUAAAAGUUGUUUACCUAAACAUUUAGUAUUAUUAUAUUACUACAUUGCACUUAAUCUUAUCUUUAUUUAAAAUAAACAUGCUUAAAUUAUUUUAAUUAAUCCCCAAACAAAAGAGUCUACGCACUACUUUCGGAUAAAACAAACAAAAAAAAUACUGUGUUUCAAAACUGAUAAACUGAUUGUAAACCUUAGACUGUUUUUGUAAGUAAAAAAAAAAAUUAUUAAUCUUUGAAAAAAUCCGUUAUACCACAAUUACAUAAAUUAAAAAAAAGGAACAAUUGAAAUUAUUAAGUAAAUUAUACGACUAGCAAUAUUAAAAAAUUUAAAAAAAACGUCGGCGAAUGCAUGCAAAAUAUGGAUAGUGUGUAAGUGUGGUGAUCUUCUUUUACUCUGGAUUUGUAUGAACAUUAAAGUAUUAAUGUAAUUUAUUUCAAAGAUGAAAUAAAAUAACUACGAUAACGAUUUAAAAUAUUUCAAUAAAGUUAACUAUUGCAAGCACUUAUUUAA